GGUUCGCUGGAAUGAGUCCCGGGGCAGGAUACGAGGGGCACUCGGUAUCGCGUUCUGCUCUGGUGAGGUAGGAAAGUACAUAAAGAAAACUUACACAAGGCCGCCGUCACUCCUUCGUUCCCGACUUGUCCUUUCUUUGCUACCUUGCGUUUCUGCGUCUAGUCUCAAAAGCCGUCUAUACCCCGCACAGAUAUACCUGUCUUUGCCAUUGACUUGCUAAUAGUGAGCUCCUCACACUCUGGGGGAUUGCCAACUAGACUACCUUCCCCCUUUCAGCACGAUGAGCACCACGACCACCGAACUCGAACCUACCAAGUCCAACAUCGGCGUCUUUACCAACCCCAAGCAUGAUCUUUGGGUGGCAGAGACCUCGCCCUCGCUGCAGGAAGUGCAAGCAGGCCAGGAUCUGAAAGAGGGAGAAGUCUACAUCGCAGUCAAAUCGACGGGUAUCUGUGGUUCGGACGUCCACUUCUGGCAUGCGGGAUGUAUAGGCCCUAUGAUCGUCGAGGGCGACCACAUCCUCGGGCACGAAUCCGCGGGCACUAUCCUCGCUGUCCACCCCUCAGUCACGUCGUUAAAACCGGGCGACAGAGUGGCCAUCGAGCCCAACAUUCCCUGCUUCAAGUGCGAACCAUGUCUGACGGGACGGUACAAUGGAUGCGAGAGUGUCGAGUUCUUGAGCACACCCCCCGUUCACGGGUUACUGAGACGAUACGUCAAGCACCCCGCCGUAUGGUGCCACAAGAUCGGCGACAUGAGCUUCGAGAAUGGAAGUCUGCUGGAACCGCUCUCCGUCGCGCUUGCAGGGAUGGAGCGCGCUGGUGUCAGGCUCGGCGACCCAGUCUUGAUAUGCGGCGCCGGUCCCAUCGGUCUCGUUACGUUAUUGUGCUGUCAAGCGGCGGGUGCGUGUCCGAUUGUCAUCACCGACAUCGAUGAGGGGAGAUUGAAAUUCGCCAAGUCGCUUGUUCCACGCGUUUCGACGUUCAAGAUACCCAUGGGGAAGUCGCCGGAGGAGUGUGCAGAGGGCAUAAUUGAGAGUAUGGGGGGCAUCAAGCCUCGCGUGGCGAUGGAGUGCACGGGUGUUGAGAGCAGUGUCGCCAGCGCCAUAUGGAGCGUGAGAUUCGGUGGGAAAGUGUUUAUCAUUGGUGUGGGCAAGAACGAGAUGAAAGUGCCGUUUAUGAGGCUGAGUACCCAGGAGAUCGACCUGCAGUAUCAGUAUCGGUACAGCAAUACUUGGCCCAAGGCGAUUCGGCUGGUGGAGAGUGGAGUGAUCAAUAUGGAUAAGCUGGUCACUCAUCGGUAUAACAUGAGUGAUGCGCUUGCUGCGUUCAAGACGGCUAGUGAUCCUAAGAGCGGGGCUAUCAAGGUGCAGAUCAAGAAUGAUGAUAGUUUAUAGUUGAAGGUACCUUAUGGUGAUGGACAUGGGAAAGUCCUUCGAUGAAAUGUACAUUUUGGACAUAGCAGGAGCUGGACAUGCAUAUUCUGAAUUGGACAUA